GUCCAACCUGACCGCGACCCAGCAGUUGGGUAAACAUGUAGCGUCCUCUUCGAAAUCCCUCACGUAUUCAAACUUGCUCUUUGCCAUGGCGACGCGACCGCAGCUCAACCUUGCGCGAAGACCUAAGCUUGCAACAGAAAGAACGCGCCCUAACCCAUACCGUGCUAACAUUAGCGGAAGCAGCGCUAUAUCACACCGGAAAAGGGCUCCUCUAGCACCCCGUCUCUAUGAUACCGCAAAGACUUUCGGGAUUGCAGCUCCCAUAACCGCGUAGCCGCUUCUCAUCUCUCAAUGCUGGGCGCAAAAGGGACACCUGGUCCCAGAGCGGAGGCGAUAGGAUAAAUGCAGAACGCACCGAGACUGAAAGCUACGCCCUCUAAUCUCGAAGCUGCUCAUCCCAGAUGUGCGUAGGCUGUUGUGGGUUGUUUAAUGGGGAGAGAAGAGGCACUCAUGCGUGUAUGCCAUCCUUUCCCAACCAGGUGCCCCCUAGAUGGCUAGGGCUGAUGAGAGGUGUAGUUCAACAACAUCUGGAGGGCACCUGGUUAGGGAAGGCUCGUGUACGUGCUUAGCGGUGGUUCCUUUAAAACCAGCAGGCAGUGUUGUUGAAUCCCUGCCGUGUCAAUCACCUGGGCUUCCUGGGCUAAGGUCUUCAGGGCGCUCUAAUUAAGCUCGGUCCCUCUUGUGCACACCCUCCCUUCCCACAACUAAGUGUACACGCCUCGCUCCAGGCUUCGGAGUACGCUGAUAACGAAGUCACAUUCCUUUAAGUCGUAAGCUCAUCGUGGUCUCAAAGAGGGUUUAGCUUCUCCGCACCACCCCCGCUGGCAUUGAGUAGAAAAGGAAAGGGAGGAAACCAGUUAGCGCUGCAAGCGAGCCACGAGCUCCUUAUCGAGCAAUUCGCCGCAAACACAUAAACCGAAAGAAGGGCAGCUUUUUGUUGUUGCUGUUAGGAAAAGGGAACGUUAGAAGCUGCAUCAAGGAAACCAAUUAGAAUCGAUGGCAAAUGGGCGCGAGAGCUACGCAAAACGAAACCGUUUCAAACAAGCGCCGCCUGCACGGGAAAGGCGCACAAGUUCUUCCCGGGGUUUCUAUGGCUUUGGCAUUGUUGCGUGGCUCCCGGGGUAACCAUGGCGACCUCCGGGAAACAGGCCCGAGGAGGGAAAAGUGCGAGGCACGUGGAGCCCCGCAAUUGCCACUUCUUCCCGGUGCCCGGGUGGCGCGAGGCAGAGGGCGGGGUCUAGCACGGCGCGUGCACCGAGGGGAAGGGGGAGCUAAGAACGUUUGCAAACCAACCGCAGGAAACAAACGGGCGGUAACAGAGGGAGGGGGCUGAGCUCACAAUCCCGCAACAAUCCCACUCCCAGGGGCGGGCUACAGCAUGGAAAAAGGGGCGCAGGAGGAAACCCCCCGAGAGCAGCACCGCUUCCUGCACCCCACGGCUUGGCAGGGCACUCCCCGAAUGGACCACCUUCUCCUGCACCCUCUGCCAGGACAGGGGGCCAGGGACUCGCAGCUGAUGUUCUUUCCCUCUAAGCAGGGGCCGCAGCACCAUCUGCUGCACCCCUUGUCCCCCAAGCAAAAUGUCUUGCGCUGGGAACAGAAAGCUCCACAGCCUGGGGAAGGGAUCUCCUGUAAAGAGCAGCAGCAGCACCUUUUGGAAGGCCAGGCUUGCCUUCCCAGGCAGCUGCCGCAGCCGGUCAUUGCGUUGGAACCUGGGGACUGCAAAAAGCUGGAGGAGGCGGAGCGGGAGAAAAAUGAUCAGCAGAAGGUGCUGCAAGUGAAAGCAGAGGAGCAGGAGCAGGAGAACCAGCUGCUCCUGACAGGCGGCACCAACAAGAAGAAGAGAGGGGAGCACAAAGCGUCUGCACAUCGUCGGGGAGGGAAGGAGGAGGGGAGCGGCAGUGUAAAAGGAGGAGGGGAAAUUAAAGUGGGGAAAGCAGAAGAGCCAGAGGAGAUCAAGAAAGAGGUGAAGGUGAAAGAAAACUGUGAUGCCAAAGCCUUGGGGACUGCAAAAGAAGGGGCCAUCAAAACGGAACUGGUGGAGCCUCUAGAGGAAGGCUGCAAGGGGAGGGAAGAGGUGGCAUCCAAGCCUCACCCAUCCUCCAACGGCCCAACUCAUAUUGGCAAAGAUGCUGGUUUGUCUCAGCCUGUUGAGACACAGCAUUCUCAAGAACUGAAGAUUCCCCUAACGCUCCAUCCAGUCCCUCCUGGGACUAGGAUCCAGUUUCAGGGACCACCUACAUCUGAGCUUAUAAGAGUGACUAAAAUGCCAGUGGCACAAGUACCCCUUAAAAUGCAGUCCUUGCUGGAGCCUUCAGUGAAAAUUGAAACUAAAGAUGUGCCUCUCACAGUGCUACCCUCAGAUGCAGGGAUACCAGAUACUCCAUUUAGCAAAGAUAGAGAUGGUCAUGUCAAACGUCCUAUGAAUGCAUUUAUGGUGUGGGCAAGAAUUCACCGGCCAGCCUUAGCCAAAGCUAACCCUGCUGCCAAUAAUGCAGAGAUAAGUGUUCAGCUUGGAUUGGAAUGGAACAAACUUACAGAAGAGCAAAAGAAACCCUAUUAUGAUGAAGCUCAGAAGAUUAAAGAAAAACACAGAGAAGAAUUUCCUGGUUGGGUUUACCAACCACGACCUGGCAAAAGGAAGCGGUUCCCCUUGACAGUCUCCACUGUAUUCUCUGGCACUACUCAGAAUAUCAUUGCUACAAGCCCAAUGACAGCCUCCACUGUCUUUACUGGGACAUCUCAGAAUAUUAUUACUACAAAUCCAACUACCAUUUACCCUUUCCGAUCACCUACCUACUCUGUGGUCAUACCCAGCGUACAGAACAGCAUUGGACACCCAGUCUGUGAAGCCCCUUCAACUAUCCAGCUGCCAGCUCCUGCUCAGCAUCCAGGCCCUAUCACGCUGUUCCAGCCAAAUGUAGGAAGCACAACACCACUGGCUGCCACAACUGCAAACCUGCCAAUUCGCCCAGUGCUUCAGCCUCAGCGUUUUGCUGCACCGUCACCAACAGAAGCUCACCGUGUGUCUUCAGGAACAAAUUGCUCUAUGAAGAGACCUACCCAAAUUUCUAUUGAAAGUGCCAGCAGGAACCCAAAUAAUACAAGCACCACACAUUCCAGAUACAGUGUCUCAAGUAGUCAGCCCCCUAAGGAGUACUCAGGUGUUUCUUCUUGUUCUAGAAAUGGACCCAUUCCUCCAGCUCCUCCCAUCCCCCAUCCACACGUCUAUCAGCCUGCUCCCAUUGGUCAUCCAGCCACGCUAUUUGGAGCUCCUCCUCGAUUUUCAUUUCAUCAUCCUUACUUUUUACCUGGACCUCAUUAUUUCCCAUCAAGCACAUGUCCAUACAGCCGUCCUCCGUUUGGCUAUGGAAACUUCCCCAGCUCCAUGCCUGAAUGUCUUGGCUUUUAUGAAGACCAGUAUCAAAAGCAUGAGGCUAUGUUUUCUGCUCUGAACAGAGACUAUCCUUUUAGAGAGUAUCCUGAUGAGCAUACGCAUAGUGAAGACUCCCGUAGCUGCGAGAGCUUGGAAGGGACAUCCUAUUACAGCAGCCACAGUCAGACUGAAGAAGAAUACUUAAACCCUAUGCCACAGCUGGACAUUGGGGCCCUUGAGAAUGUUUUUACAGCAACCCCAUCCACUCCUUCUAGUGUACAGCAAGUCAAUGUGACUGAUAGUGAUGAUGAGGAAGAAGGAAAGGUGUUAAGAGAUUUGUAAUUUUUAAAAAACAAAUGAUAGUAUCCAGCAUACUUUUUUAAAACAUGAAAUAAAACAUGUUGGUCAUAUAACACCAUUUUAGUGAGUGUGGUCAAGAAUACAUAAUAAAUCUAGGUUGUUUAUAAACUGCACAUGGGAGGUUUUCCAGGACCAUCAUAGGAAUUGUAUCUUAAUACACCUGAUUGUGGAUACUGUAUCUUGUCAAGAUAGUUCUUAAGACUGUGCAGUUUGUCUUACAUGUUUUUGCACUGUCCUUAUGUCAAACACUAGUGGGUAGCACUUCAGAGCCUAAGUGACUGAUGUAGCUUAGUGACACUGAUUCUACACAACUAAUCUAUCUGUACCAUACAUUCAGUUUUACAAGAAUGCACAAAAGAGGUGUGGCCCAUUCAUGAAGGCAUAAUCCCAUCUGUUUUGUGUCAAUGCAAUGCUAGAAGCAACAGAUACAUUGUACUAUCCACCAGGCUUUUCUAGAGUUGCCCUUGCAAGGCUAGUCCUGUGUGGUAAUAGGAUCACACCACUUAGGAGGGGAAGACUUCACUUUCCUAACUCGGAACUUUUGUUAUUUAUGUUCCUAGGUGACAUAGCGGGAUUUUCAUUUUAAUCUGUAUAUUUAUAGAGCAAGUGAAAUUACUCUGUUUAAUUGUUUGGCUUUUGUGCCCAGACCACAUACAUUCUGUUACUCUCCAGACAAGAUAAUAUUUUUAGGAAUUUAAAAUGGCUGUCUUUUAAAAAACAAAAUAUACUUUUUUCAGAAUUAAUCCGUAUUUAUGCUGAAAAUUGUUACAUAAUAGGUUGAAAUUUUACAGCCACCCUAAUGGUUUUAACUUCUGCCUCUGCAAGAGGAUUUCUUAUUUUAAAGCCCAUAUAAAUGCGACUGUUAAAUGUUUCUAAGGAUAAGUAAAGGUGAAUCUAGCUGUGUGUUGUAUACAACUGGGCUAUGAUUCUAUACCAGAGUAUAAUUAACAGUAAUGUCUGAGACACACAUUUUUAAUGUAUCUUUUGAAAAAUAGAUGUAACAGAAGGUGAAAUGUUGCUAAACUAUUUGUUCAUGUUACGAAACAUUUAAUUUUAUUUUGAUAUUUUUCUUUGUUGGG